AUGGCUGCCAGCAUAGCUGCCAGCGGAGAACAGAAUCAAGCAAUCGGCAGUGUGCUUCGGGCGUCGAUUAUGAAUCAGACCAAAGUCGUCUCAAGUGAUCAUGGUAUGAAGCAGGCCUCGGGCAACGACAAGCAUGCAAAGAUCCCUCGUCCUCCCAAUGCUUUCAUCCUCUAUCGUCAAGCACAUCACCCAAUCAUCAAGGCUGAGAAUCCUGGCUUUCACAACAACGACAUCUCCAAAGUCCUCGGCAAGCAGUGGAAAGAAGAGUCUCCAGCGGUUCGCCAAAUGUUCAAGGCCAAAGCUCUGGAGCGCAAGGCUGAGCACUCUAAGAUGUACCCUGACUACCAGUACGCCCCACGAAAGCCCGGCCAGAAGAAGCGUCGUGCGGCCCGCAAAGGCAUGGAAGCUGGUGACGGGAAAGAGCAAUAUGAUUCCCUUUGCUUCAUUGACCAGGAAGGGGAUUUCUACAUGGAUUCGGAGUCUGGCUCGGCUGUUGGUGAUGACGAUAUGGAUGUCAUCGGAACUCACGUUGAUGAUCAUGUCCGUCGCUUCCACAUUGAUGGCGACAACAACAUCGGAAUCAUUCUGCCCGCUGCGUCCAACGUAAACUUGGCCAAGAUGGUUGAGGCCCAUAACAAGCGUGCUCAACAGGAUUCCGAAAGCUGCGACUAUGACCCAGCCAAAGACAGCCAGGCUGCGCAAUCAAUCCCGCCGCACGUACAAAACGAUACUGACUUCUUUGAGGCUCUCAUCGACUGGGAUGGGAUUGCUGAAGAUUUCAAGAUCAUCCAAGAAGCAAGUGGUGAAGACCUUGCAGGCCUUCGUGAAGUCGAGUCUGGCAACCCGUACUUGUCUCUCUCUGAUGAGGACCAGCGCGCACUCUUCGAGGCCGAGUUGGAGAGAACUCUCAAAUUCUUCGAUUGA